CAAAUGCAAUCUAACCUCUCUAGUGCCCUCAUUUACUCAACUUAUAAUAUUCUCUAAUAAUCAAAAGUAAGAAAAGGGAAAGACUCAUAUAUAAAAAAAAAGGGCCAGACGGUGUCGUUUACUAUUCGUAAUGUAGAGCAAAACCCCUUGAAUUUUUUUUCUUCUUCGCUCCUUUGGUGUUCCUGCAAAUGUUCAAUAGACAAGAAGACGAUACCCAACAAAAUGUCCUCUUCUUUAUUUUCUUCAACUAUCAAAAACUUCUCUUUAUUUCCUAAAUUAUUCUCAAAGUUUCGAGCUUUUUCUCAAAUUAACGCACCCCAAUUUCCUGGGGGAUUGGAAGAUAGCAUUUAUACAAUUCUCACUCUUGAGCGGUGGGAGUCCUUGAACCACAUGGAAUAUAAGUUUGCUUCACUUAGACCGGUUCAUGGAAGAUUAGCUCUAAAAUUUCUCAACUGGGUCGUGAAACAACCUGGUUUAGAGUUAGACCACAUCAUCCAUAUGCACUGUAUUACAAUUCAUAUACUAGUUAGAGCUAGGAUGUACGGUCACUCUAAGUCAGUUAUCAAGCGUCUAACCCACAUAGGUGCUAACCCAAAUUCCAUUUUUGGUGCUCUUAUGGGAACUUAUUGCCUUUGUCGUUCGAAUCCUUCAGUGUUUGACUUAUUAAUGAGGAUCUAUUUGAAGAUGGGACAAGUAGAUGAUGCUCUACAAAUUUUUUAUUUGAUGGCUUCUCGAGGAUUUAACCCAUCAGUUCAUACGUGCAAUAUAACCUUAGCUGCAACACAACAUCAUCAGAGUUGGGCUUUCUUUAAAGAAAUGCUAGCUAGGGGAAUUUGUCCUGAUGUUAGUACCUUUAAUGUGCUCUUAAAAAUUCUUUGUUCAGAAGGAAAACUUAAGAAAGCUGGCUAUCUCCUCAGGAAAAUGGAGCAAUCUGGUUAUGCCCCCAAUGUGGUUACUUAUAAUACUUUGCUUGGUUGGUAUUGUAAAUAUGGAAGAUAUAAAAUAGUGUGUGACCUUUUGGAUCAGAUGAGUUGUAAAGGUAUUGAAGCAGAUACAUGUACAUAUAAUAUGUUCAUUAGUGGUUUGUGUAGGAAUAAUAGGAGUAUUAAAGGUUAUCUACUGUUGAAACAAAUGAGGAAGAAGAAUAUACUACCGAAUGAGGUGACUUACAAUACUCUUCUUGAUGGGUUCAUCAAGGAAAGGAAGCUUGAAGUUGCUAUUAAGGUUUUUGAUGAGAUGGUGACGCUUGAUCUUCAUCCAAACCAUAUCACUUACAACACGUUACUUGAUGGACAUUGUGGUCAGGGUAAUUUUCAGGAAGCUUUUAGGAUUCUACAUAGAAUGGAAGCUGUGGGGCUUGUACCUAAUGAAGUAAGUUAUGGGACUCUUCUGAAUGGCCUAUGCAAGAGUGCGAAGUUUGAACUUGCAAAAACUGUUACAGAAAGUAUGAAAUCAAAGGGUUUUAGAGUCAACUGCACCAUGUACACGAUGAUAAUGGAUGGAUUUUGCAAAAAUGGAAGGCUCAAUGAAGCUGUAGAUUUGCUUGCCACAAUGUCAACGGAUGGUGUUUGUGCUGAUGUGAUCACAUAUUCUGUGCUAAUUAAUGGUUUUUUGAGUUUGGGAAAGAUGCAUAAUGCGAAGGAGAUAUUGUGUAAGAUGUACGGGGCAGGAAUUGUUCCUAACAGCAUAAUAUAUGCCAUGAUGAUUUACAAUUCUUGCAAGCGAGGAAUGGUUAUGGAGGCCUUCAAGCACUAUGCUGCCAUGAACUUUGAUGGACAUCAAGCUGAUCUCCAAACUUGUAAUUUGUUGGUUGCCUCUCUUUGCGACAAUAAAAUGUUCCAGGAGGCUGAAGAUUUUAUGGGACAUAUGAAUAGAAUGGGUAUUAGACCAAAUUCUAUUACCUUUGAUUGCAUGAUUGAUGGUUAUUCAAAAUCAGGCAUGGAUUUAAAAUCAUUUUCUUUUUUUUAUAAGAUGAUUGAAGUAGGUCAUUAUCCUAGCCCUUUUACAUAUAAAAGUCUUCUGAAAGGACUCUGUAGAGGCAGAAACUUAGAGAUAGGUAAACAUUUUUUUAGAAUACUGUAUAGUAUCCCAGGUAUGCCAGAUACUGCUACGUAUAAUACGUUGCUUGCUGCAAUGUGUAAAGCUGGCGAAUUGGCAGAAGCACUAGAGCUCGUUGAUGAAAUGGUUCAAAAUGAUCUUCUUCCUGAUAGGUACACGUUUAUUACUCUUCUAAGCGGUUUAUGUAAAAAGGGAAAAAUUGUUGCUGCAUUUCUCUUCCUUGAAAAUUUAAGCGAGAAAGGAAUUUUAUAUCCCUGCCAAGUCAUAUAUACGAUAAUGAUUGAUGCUUUAUUUAAAGCAGGCCAUCUAAAGGCUGCUUCCUAUGUGUAUGAAAAUAUGGUAAAGGAUGUUUCCCUCGACGUAGUGGCUGCAAAUGCUAUUAUGGAUGGAUUUUUUAGGAAGGGGCAGAUGGUGAAGGUGCAAGAAGUUCUACAACUGAUGGGUGGAAGCUCCUUUUUGAAUUUGGUUUCAUAUAACAUUCUAUUACAUGGGUAUGCAAAGCAGAGGGAAUUAUCUAAAUGCCUUAGUACGUACAAUUCUCUAACAAGGAAGGGUUUUCUCCCUGAUACUUUAACACUCCAUUCUCUCAUUCUUGGUCUUUGUGAGUCAAAAGCAGUGGAUCUAGCCGUUAAAUGUUUGAAGCGGAUGAUUUUGGAGGGAUAUAUUCCUGAUCAGUGGACAUUUAACAUGAUUAUCAGAAAAUAUUGUGAAAGUGGUGAGAUGGAGAAGGUAUUUGAUCUUACGGAUGUCAUGACGAAGGUAGGAAGGGAUAUAGAUAGAGCUACUUAUGACAACAUUUUGAUUGGACUGAUCAAAAAGUCUGCUUUCAAGGAAGUGCAAAUGGUUUUUUAUGAAAUGCUGGUUAAGGGUUUUGUUCCUGCAUGCAGGCAGUACAUAACUGCAAUGAAAGCUUUGUUGAGAUCAAGAGAUAUAGCAGGUGCAUUCAGGCUCAAAGAUCAGAUGAAAGCCCUCGGUGUGAGCUCCUGUGAUAUAGCUGAGAGUGCGAUGGUCCGGGGACUUGUGAAUUGUGGAAAGAUUGAUGAUGCAGAAUUAGUUUUUGGUUACAUGCUAAGAAAGAACCUUGUUCCAUCUGUUGCCACAUUUACAACUAUGAUGCAUGGACUUUGCAAACAGGCCCGGGUUACCGAGGCUUUGAAUUUGCUGGAAAAUAUGGAGAAAUUGAAGCUAAAACCUGAUGUUGUUUUGUACAAUGUACUCCUUUCAGGCCUUCAUGCAAAGGGAGAUACUGAUAUGGCUUUUAAAUUGUACGAGGAGAUGAAACGAAGGGGCCUUUGGGCUAACAUCACUACUUUUGAGAUUCUCAUCAAUGCUGUUCUCGAAAAAAAAGAUGAUGUUAAGGGUGAAAUGCUUUUUAUGGAUCUGCUGGAGAGGGGGUUUAUUUCUCAAAAUGAAAGUUCGGAUGAUAUGCAACAACUUCUGAUGUCUGCUUUAAACAGCUUGAAUGUUUUGCGUCAUUGUAAAGGAAAAUACUAGAGAUAAGACCUCGUCAAUAAAUCAGGUGUGGUGGAAGCAGGCAGCUAGGCGACCAAUCAUAGGUUUCCCGGUAAAGGUUCAAAGUCUUGGGUGUAGUUAUGAUUGUGACAAUUGACAACCAACAGUUGAGGAACUACUUCCAUUGGCCACACAGAGAUGUCGCAGCCGUCAUGACUCAUGACUUUGUAUCACCAUCAUGGAAUAAUUAAAAACCUCUAUGAUACGAUCACAAUGAGGUGGUGCAACUAAGAUUUAAUUCCACCAUAGUGUUACAUUUUCUGUGGAAUGCUGAUCAAAUAUGCACCGUGAAUAGAAUAUGCUCCCUGCAAUUUUAAGGUAUAAUGGCACCCCCAGAAGUACUUUGCUGGAUACUUCUCACUGGCUUGAUGGAAGAAUACCAGAUUUCAGUAUGUUUCAUUCGUGCAGGCUGAGGUGCAGGUUGUCAUAUUCUAAAGUUUUUGUUGUCUUGCAAGUUUAUGAUGCAUUAUACCUAUACUACAAUGUUUUUUGAUCUUGUAGAUAUGUAAGUAACUUUUCCUUGUGAUUGAGAUGUGUGAUGAACUGGAAUAUACUGUGGGGCGUUAGGGCCGUGUGAGGGUUUUAAGGGGGUUGGGAUUAUACGAAUAUGAGGUACCUUCUUAUGCCAGGAAUAAAAACUCUUCCCUAAAAAACUCGCUACCAUUGCCCCAUUUUUGCACUAUGGUGAAAAUACUAAAUAGGUGUGAAAAAAAAAAGAGAAUAGGAAUUAGGAAGUGUGUGUUACUGUUUACACCCCCUAUAGGUAGUGUCAAAGCAAUAGGAGAAAAUACCUUUAAUGCAGUAGUUUUCUCAGUUUUAGGAUGCCACAAUUUCCCUUCAAGUUUUGUAUAUGAUCUUGGUGAGAUCUUAUGGGUUUGUUCUGUGUGAUGACUUAUUGACUUUCCCUAUUCUUAGCUGCAUAAGUUUUGCAUAAACAUUUGAUUUGCAUGCAUCCUAUACAAUCAAUAUUCUUAAAGAUACGAUUAUUUACUUAGAUUCCGCUCUGACUGACUGAUCGACAUAAAAAAAUAACGUGCCGUCCUGCUAACAUAUCUUCAAUUCUCUGUAAGGAAUAUGGAUGCCUUAUAUUUUGUUAUUAACACCUGCUUGUAAGUUGUAAGUCUACUUGUUUUUACCUAGGGCAAGGUAAAAUUGAUCACUUCAUCGGGUGUACAGGUUCUCAUUCGCACGGUUCUAGAAGAUGUCCGUAACUGUUCCAUUGUAAAUCUGAUUUUUGAGUCCAAUUGGGCCAACUUCACUGUAAAAUGACAAAUUAGUGGGAUCAUCUGAUUUUUGUCCAUCAUAAUUAAGUUGAGAACUGUUUUGUUGUAAAUCUUGCUUGUUGCCUUUUUGACUUUUGAGUUCUUUAUCUCCAUCGCCUGCCAGAUAUUGUGCAUUGAUUUUCCGGGGAGGUUGCACUGUCUUCUCAUCUGGGGUGGGACAAAGUAACUUAACUAUUGCAUCAUUAUGGGUAAGUGGUUGUGUAUUUCAAGAGCUAAUCUAUUGGGGUGAUUCAAAAUUUCAAAGAUCCUACAAGAAUGAGUCCCAUCUCAUGGUUGUCGACUUAUGGAGCAGACUUUGGAACUUGCAAUUCGAGUGUUAUCACACCCUAUUAGUAGCACUUCAGCACAAAGAAUAUGGAGCACAUACUCUUACAUUCAUAAAGUUUAGAGGAGUCGAUUAAAUGCUACUCUUGCUUAUAAAAUGUUGUUACUCUUAUGAUCCAUUUGGUAGUAGGUAUUAAAUGGUUGUGAAUGGUAAUGAAAAAUAAGUGUAAUUUUAGUAGCAAAAUCUCUUGGCAAGUUAGGUGACCAGGCUUUUUCUCCUUCAAUCAUUUCACUGUCUUUAUAAAAUUCAUUCUAAUGCAUUACCAUAUGAAAAUGUGGUAUUGGAUGGUUAGAGAAAAUUGUGAACAAAAAAUCUUUUUAUGAUAAAGUUUCAUUACCAUGAGAAUAAUAUGAUACAUUUCAUGAAAAUUUACACUAUAAAUCAUUCCUAUUACCAUUGUUUAGUACCCACAACCAAACGGACAGUUAAUUCAUUCACAUAUGAGAUUGUUUUCGCGUUUCCCGCAAGCUUAUGUUUAAGGUCCUUAUAAAAAUGGGAUAUCACCUCCUAGAGCACCUAUCUUUAUGAUUCUACUGUAAGAUUGGAAAAGUUGAAGAUUGGAGGGAUUGAGGUUGGAAAGAGGUUUCGUCAUGGAUUUAGAUUUUUCAUAUUUCUUGCUAUUGAUUGUAUUUUGUCUUUUUUGGACUUGCCUUUUUAAUUUAUAUAUAUACUUGAUUUUGGUGCUUAAAAAAUUGUUUAUGAGCUUUUACCUAUUAUUGCAUUAAUUUUUGUAACAUGGGAUCAUAUUUUGGUUCCUAUGAUUCCGAAACUUAAAAUCAUUUCUUGUAUCAAAUUGAAUUUCGCUUGGUGCGAUAUUGAGUUUUCCUAUGUUGCUUGAAUAGCUAUUUAUGCGCAGCUGUGUGCAUGUAUGCAUGUGUGAGUUUCUCUUUACACUGCAUGAUUUGCUUCGGGAUGUAUCAACUGAAUCUCGUCUCUCUUAGGCAAAUCAUUUUGUGCUGAUGGAAGAUGUUUACGCUGGUUCUGUUUCGUCUUUCCAGUUGAGUUCUGGUAUCCCUGAUAAUUAUCAGCUACCAAUCUGUCUGUGCAAGUUCUCUAACUUAUUCACAUUGUAGUUGCCUUCUGCAUCCUGCAGUUAACUGUUAAUUUGCAAGUAAAUACACCGGUAUCCCUUCGAUCUGCCACUCCCCAACUCAUCUACGUUGCAGUUACCUUCUGCAUUUAACUGUUUUAUGUACUUUUUUAACGAGGAAAUUGUGGAGCUGGUGUUGUUAGAAGCGACAAUCUAACUCGAUGGCUUUUUGAUGGUUUUUUCUCAGGCUUAUUGGAACUUUACCACGCCUUUUUAGUGUAUCGACGGUUGGUGGAGAGGUUUUCGUGUCAUUUUUCCUGUGAAGAAAGGAUAUAGGCUUCUGGUUUAGGAGCUUAAGCAAGUGAUUUUCUUUGCAAAAAUACGGUUUUGAUCAUGGUCGCAGUAACGGUCGCGAAACAGAUAUCACGGUCAAUGCGGAUGAUUUGGCGGUCAAUGCGUCCGGUCGCGGUAAACUCAAAACCUUUACCAUAUGGUGACACGGCGUUUUUGCUAUGAUUGUCGGUAAGUUGGGAUGUGGGGGAGGAACCUCCUAAUGGACUAUGCUUUACCUAAAUUUAAAGCCUUUAGGUAAAUCUAGAGGACAUCCUCAUUUUCAAGUUGCCAUCAAAUUGUUACUUAUGAGGAUUUAUUUUAGAAUUGGUGAAUUACACCUCCAUGAGGUGCUUCAAUAUUUGAAACAUUAACAUCAUCUUCCUCAACCUUCCCAAGAGUAUCAACAACAUCAUUGUCAUCAUACCCAGUGUAUCCCGCGUAUAGAAAACUAUUAUCAGGGUCUGAGGAGGAAAGGACUUCCCAAGAGUAUCAACAUCGCUCUUAAUCUUCACCUUCAUCUUGGCAUGCUCACUAGAAGAAUAAUAAGCUUGGAGAAACACGGACUCAUUGAAGGGGACUUUCCAACUAUUGAUGAUUGUUGAUGUGUAAGGAUCCCACAACUUAUACUUAUUGAUCCCUUCCAAGAACCCUAAGGAGACACUUCUUAACUUGUAGAUCAAUUUUAUUGAAUCUUGUAGUUUGGUGAGUUCAUCCAAUCCUCAGUUUCUCAACAUGGUUGUAAAUAUUUACUCUUACUCUUCUGUCACCGAUUUCAAAUCAACAAUUCAAAUUCUUGAAUCUAGAGUCCGAACAUAGUUUCUAUGAGCGAAAUACAACGGGUAUGAUAAUAGUCAUGACGAAUUCAAAUUUUUGAAUGAAUAA